AUGGUGGUGUCCCAGUUCGUCAAACUGGUCGUCGACACCCAGUUCAGCGAACACCCCAUCCACUUUGUCCACCAGCAGAACGGCUCCGUCCACACGAUGGAGCUGAUCUUGCGCCUGCUGGUCCCCGACAUGACCGCGGGGCUGCUGUUCUUCGUCAACCCGUUGUUGCUGCUGGGCCACACUCAGACGGCCUAUACCGGUCUCCAGAAGUUUGACCAUGUUGAUCACGUGUGGUAUAAGCGGCGCAUCUUGACUAUCGCCAGCGAUAAGAAGUUUUAUGAGGUAGACGGCGACAAGUUGGCCUACGACAAGUGGCACGGCCACCUGACGAUCGCCGUUGACUACGUCGUCCCCGAGUCGGCUCUGGACGCCAACCACCUCGAGUUCAAGCCCGAGUCCCAAGUGUACGACUUGCCGCCGCGUACCGAGUACUUGGACCCGGCCAAGGAACAAGAAUUGCUCGAUAGCGAUAAGCCGCUUGUGAUUGCGUUACACGGGUUGCUGGGCGGCUCCUACGAGCUGUAUAUUCGUGCUUUCCUCCACGAGAUCACCCAGGAACCGUAUAACUUUGAUGCCCUUGUGAUCAACGCCCGUGGGUGCGCUAACCACACUAUCACCAGUCCCCAGCUUUUCAACGGGUUAUGGACCAACGACUUGCGCUACUUGAUCAACGAACACAUCAAGGAAAAGUGGCCCCACAAGAGGGUGUACAUGAUUGGGUUCUCGCUUGGCGGGGCGAUUCUAGCCAACUACUUGGGCCAAGAACUGGACCGGGUGUGGCCUAAUAUUAAAGCGGCGGCAAUCAUGGGUACCCCCUGGGACUUCCCUGACUCCAGUGUCAACUUGAAACAGCUGGUCAUUGGGUAUAACGUCUACUCGCCGACCAUGUGCUCGAACUUAUUGCGCUUAUUGAGCAUCCACGGCACGAUGAUUGAGAUGGACGAAGACUCUAAAAAGCAAUUGGAAGUGCUCAAGACCAAGGAACCCAAGAAACUUAAGCAGUUCGAUAACUUCUUCACCCUGAGAUUGUUUGGUUUCAACUCGGCUGAUGAGUACUACCGCCACGCCUCUCCUAACCAAAGACUCCUCAAAGUGAGAGUGCCCACCGUGAUUGUGCUGCUGUUAGACGACCCCAUCACUGGCUACCGCACGUUACCCCGUUCUGAAGUGAAGUUAAACCCCUACGUGCUGCUUGUCACUACUACUAUUGGCGGCCACCUCGGGUGGUUCCAGCUUAACGGGCGGCGGUGGUACCCGUCGCGCAUCCUGAAGUUGUUCACGGAGUUGGACCAGUAUAAGGUCGACACAGACGACACCCCCGAGUUGCCUCGCGACGUGUCCAAGGUGUGGAAACACGACCAGCUCGCGUUUGAGUUUAACGAACAGCUCUAG